AUGUCUGUGGACGAAGUCAAGGAUCCUCGUAUCGACGGCAUCAAAACUAAGAUCCGUGUCGUUCCAGAUUUUCCCAAGAAAGGAAUAAUGUUCCAAGACAUAACAACACUGCUGCUUGAUCCUAAAGCCUUUAAAGACACUAUUGAUCUGUUUGUUGAGAGGUAUCGAGACAUGAACAUCUCGGUUGUUGCAGGCGGGUCUGUUCCGGCGGGUUUUGGAUCCGAUGAAGCUUCAGAAGAAGGAGAUCCGGCGGAUUUUGGAUGGCCAAGAGGAAAAAGGAUCUUCGGAGAUUCGUUGGAUGUUGGAAAUUAUGGAUGGUUCAUGAUGAUGAGGAGAAUGAUUUGA